AUGGAUCUUAUGCAACAUUGGUCCUUACGCAUCAUGAGUUCGGGGAACACUACAACAUCAACAUGUCCAUCGAAGUAUGUUUGCAAUCUCCUUAAUACUAUUUCAUAUGUGCACCACGUUUUAUGGCGAGAUCCACAUCCUACUCUCUGGCUAUGGAUUCAUAUAAAGAUGGAUGAAGAGAUAAGCAAGAAGCAAGAAGCAAGAAAAGAUUCUCCUUUGCUCUGUGUAUGGCCAUCUUUGAUCUGGGUGAGAGAUACGCGUAUCAAUGGGGUUCAGACAUGUUCCCCCACACACCAAUUCUUCUAA